CAUUGUGUGUGCCAGGUUCCUAUAAGGUGUCAGGAUGUCUCUGUCUAUCUCUCCAUGGAGGAGUGGGAGUAUCUAGAAGGACACCGGGAUCUCUACAAGGACGUGGUGAUGAGUGAUUUUAAAGUCAUUGUUAAAGAAGAGAUCAAAGAGGAGGACGAUGAGUACGGUGUGAUGGGGAAGUCAGACAGUGGAGACCUCGGUGAUUAUAACAUUGUUAUUAAAGAAGAGUAUAAAGAGGAGGACGAGGAGUACGGGGUGAUGGAGGAGUUUGUAGAAGGACACAAGGAUCUCUCCAAGGACACUACGAUGGAGUCAUCGAGUUACGGAAGCUCAUCCGAGAGAUGUCCCCGUCCUCUGCGUUCCCGGGAUUCCACGCGAGGUGGCCACAGCCACACAGAUGAUCAGUCUGCGGAGGAGGCCGGGAUGGUGAGGACAUUCAGAAUCGGUGAGACAUCAGAAGUGGUCAGACAACCGGGAUCUCACGCAAGGAAGAAACCGUUCCCCUGUCCAGACUGUGGGAAAUUUUUCACUAACAAAUGCAAACUGGAGAUACAUUACCGAUCUCACACGGGGGAGAAACCGUACUCCUGUCCCGAGUGCGGGAAAUGUUAUUCCGAUAGGUCUAUGCUUUAUAGACAUCAGAGAUUCCACUUGGGCAAGAAACCGUAUUCCUGCUCUGACUGCGGGAAAUGCUUUCCAGAGAAAUCGUUGCUCGUUAUACAUCGUAGGUCUCACACUGGCGAAAAGCCAUAUUCCUGUGCUGAGUGUGGGAAAAGUUUUUCAGAGAGGUCCAGUCUAUCCAGACAUCAGAAGAGUCACACCGGCGAGAAGACGUUUUCCUGCUCUGAGUGUGGGAAAUGUUUCUCGCGGAAGUCUUAUCUGGCUGAACACCACAGGUCUCACACAGGGGAGAAGCCGUAUUGCUGCCAUGAGUGUGGGAAAUGUUUUUCACAGAAGUGCCAUCUUAGAACGCAUCAGAGAUCUCACACGGGCGAGAAGCCGUUUGUGUGUCCCGAGUGUGGGAAAUGCUUUUCACUGAAGUCCAUUCUAUCCAGACACCAGAAGAGUCACACAGGAGAGAAAACAUAUGCCUGCCCUGAGUGUGGGAAAUGUUUUGCAGACAAAUCCAGUCUUUCCAGACAUCAGAGGAGCCACACGGGAGAGAAGUCAUAUUCCUGCCCUGAGUGCGGGAAACGUUUUACACGAAAGUCUAAUCUGACUGAACAUCAGAAAACUCACAAAGGGGAGAGGCCGUAUUCCAAGUCUGGCUCUUGUAGUGAUGACGGGAGAGUCGGAGCACUGUGUAUGAUGAUUGACCACUAUCCUUCCUGGAAGAUGACGGUUGACCUCUUUCCUUCCCAGAAGAUGGUGGUUCACCACUAUCCUUCCCAGAAGAUGAAGGUUCACCACUGUCCUUCCUGGAAGAUGAUGAUGAUGAUUGACCACUAUCCUUCCUGGAAGAUGACGGUUGACCUCUUUCCUUCCCAGAAGAUGGUGGUUCACCACUAUCCUUCCCAGAAGAUGAAGGUUCACCACUAUCCUUCCUGGAAGAUGAUGCGAACGAUGAAGGAGAACCGGAGUCACAUGACCGAGAGGAUACUAAACCUCACCCUGGAGAUCAUCUACCUGCUGACCGGAGAGAGUUUUCCUCUUCUGAAGUCUGGUGACCGUGUGACCAUCACAGUGCCCCCAUGUGACUCCCUAAAACCUGAGAAACCCAACAUGGAGAAGGUUCUAGAAGUCACUAAGAAGAUGAUGGAGCUGCUGGCAAGGGAGAGUGGAAUCCUGAGUGAUUUUAAAGUCAUUGUUAAAGAAGAGAUAAAAGAGGAGGAGGAGGAGGAGUCAGAAAUUCUAAAAGGACAUGAGGACAUUUUGAUGGAGGCACCUAGUAAGAGGAACCCACCAGAGAGAUGUCCCCGUCCUCUGUAUUCCCGGGACUCCACCCAGGAAGAUCUCACCAUCCCCCACCAUGAUCAGGGUGAAGAUCUGAUGAAGAUGAAAGUUGAGGGUGAAGUAGAAGAGACGUAUGUGAGGGAUGAUCAGCGAUAUACGGAGGAGGCCGGGAUGAUGAGGACGUCCAUAGAGGAGGACACGCCUACAGAGAUCAGCACAGGACACGCCAUGGAGGAACCCUCAAAGGAUCGUCUGACCUUAUCUCCAGGUUGUAAAAUGGAAGAUGAGGACAUCACAGCAGAUUGUGCGGGAGAAGAGACAAUGAGCUCAGCUAUGGAUGGUGGACGUCACAGUGUGGAUAGACCAUGGAAUCCCUCUGACUCUGAGCGACCUCGUCCUGUGGGGGAUGGGGCCGGAAUUCAGGGGGAGGAGACAUUUUCCUGUCCUGAGUGUGGGAAAAGUUUUAGCUCUGAAUUAAGUCUUACGCAACAUCAGAGAUCCCACACGGCUGAGAAGCUUUAUUCUUGCCCUGAAUGUGGGAAAUGUUUUCUUCAUAAAUCAGAACUGGUCAGACAUCAAAGAUCUCACACGGGGGAGAAGCCAUAUUCCUGUCCUCAGUGCGGGAAAUGUUUCUCACAGAAUUCCUAUCUUUCCAGACAUCAGAGACUGCACAGAGGCGAGAAGCCGUAUUCCUGUUCUGAGUGUGCGAAAUGUUUCUUUAAUAAAUCCAAACUGGAGAUACAUUACAGAUCUCACACGGGGGAGAAGCCGUAUUCCUGUCCCGAGUGUGGGAAAUGCUAUUCAGAUAAGUCCAUGCUUUACAGACAUCAGAGAUCACACUCUGGUGAGAAGCCGUUUUCCUGCCCUGAGUGCAGUAAAUGUUUUCCACAGAAAUCGGAACUCGUUAUACAUCAAAGAUCUCACACGGGCGAGAGCCCAUAUCCCUGCCCUGAGUGCGGGAAAUUAUUUUCACAGAAGGCCAAUCUUUCCAGACAUCAGAGACUGCACACGGGCGAGAAGCCCUAUGCCUGCCCUGAGUGCCCCAAAUGUUUUCCAACCAAAUCAGUACUUGUAAUACACCAGAGGUCCCACACAGGUGAGAAGCCGUAUCCCUGCCCUGAGUGUGGGAAACGCUUUUCAGAUAAGUCCACUCUUACCAAACAUCAGAGAUGUCACACGGGGGAGAAGCCGUAUUCUUGUCCUAAGUGUGGGAAAUGUUUUUCUCAGAAGUCCUAUCUUAACAUACACUACAGAUCUCACACAGGAGAGAAACCUUAUUUCUGCCCUGAGUGCGGGAAAUUUUUUUCACAGAGAACCAACCUUUCCAGACAUCAGAUAUUGCACUCAGGUGAGAAGCCAUAUGCCUGUUCCGAGUGCGGAAAAUGUUUUCCACGGAAAUCAGACCUCAUUAGACAUCAAAGGUAUCACACAGGAGAGAAGCCGUAUUCCUGCCUUGAGUGUGGGAAAAGUUUUCCACAGAAAUCAGACCUUGUUACACAUCAAAGAUCUCACACAGGCGAGAAGCCAUAUUCCUGCCCUGACUGCAGGAAAUAUUUUUCACAGCUGUCCCAUCUUUACGCACAUCGGAGGUCUCACACGGGGGAGAAGCCGUUCUCCUGCCCUGAGUGUGGAAAAAGUUUUACACAGAAGUCCAGUCUUACUGUACAUCAGUUAAGCCACACAGGGGAGAAGCGGUUUUCCUGCAUGGUGUGUGGGAAAUGUUUUCCUCGGAAAACAAAACUUGUCACUCAUCUAAGAUCUCACACAGGUGAGAAGCCGUAUUCCUGUCCUAAGUGUGGGAAAUGUUUUUCACAGAAGUCCAAUCUUAACAAACAUCAGAAAACUCACGCAAUCCUUGAAAUCUUUGUGCCUGUUGGCGAGUCUCUUGGAAGAAACACUCCUCCAGACAAAUUUGCAAGUGUCCAGAGGGAGGUCCGGAACAGUCUCAACGGUGUCCUCAGCUCUGAUGAGCUUGUAAAUAGUCUUUGGCUUCCACAAGUCCGGCUUAACUCCAUGCAGUCCAUGCUCCCUGAUGAACUUGAAAGUGUCCAAGGUCCUCCAAAGAGGCAGGAGGAAAAAAACGGGACAUGGAGUUUCCCGGCAGAGUCCAAAGUCUUGUCAAUCAAAGUCCUGCGGAUGCAGUUACAAGCCAAGAAAACCCUCAGCAUGGUGGCAAAUGUCCGGGACGCCCCUUCCACCUUUGAGGGGCUCUUUGAACAUAACCGCCCGCUUCACUCUGUCCAUCUUGGACUUUUCGAAGCCCGUGGACGUGAGCGCUUCCAGAGCCCAAAGAGCAGCAGACCCAGACCCUCAGGAACCUACCAAACUGGGUCUGAUGAGUACUGGGUGACCAUCACAGGGCCUCCACCAAACUCCGAGAGACCCAACAUGGAGAAGAUUCUAGAAGUCGCCAAGAAGAUGGUGGAGCUGCUGACGGGAGAGGUGGAGAGACCAUGGAAUCCCUCUGACUCUGAGCGACCUCGUCCUGUGGGGGAUGGGGCCGGAAUUCAGGGGGAGGAGACAUUUUCCUGUCCUAAGUGCGGGAAACAUUUUAAUUCUGAACUAAGUCUUACUGUGCAUCAGAGAUCUCACACGCGUCAGGAUCUACAUGCAUGUCCUGAGUGCGGUGAAAGUUUUCCACAGAAAUCUGAACUUGUUAUACACUACACAUCUCACACAGGAGAGAAACCUUAUUUCUGCCCUGAGUGCGGGAAAAUUUUCUCAAAGAGAACCAACCUUUCCAGACAUCAGAGAUUGCACUCGGGUGAGAAGCCAUAUGCCUGCUCCGAGUGCGGAAAAUGUUUUCCCUGGAAAUCAGCCCUUGUUGUACAUCAACGAUCUCACACAGGAGAGAAGCCGUAUUCCUGCCUUGAGUGCGGGAAAUAUUUUGCACAGGUAUCCCAUGUUUACGCGCAUCGGAGGUCUCACACGGGGGAGAAGCCGUUUUCCUGCCCUGAGUGCGGAAAAUGUUUUUCACUGAAAUCAGACCUUGGUACACAUCAAAGAUCUCACACGGGCGAGAAACCAUAUUCCUGCCGUGACUGCAGGAAACAUUUUUCACAGUUGUCCCAUCUUUACGCACAUCAGAGGUUGCACACGGGGCAGAAGCCGUUUUCCUGCCCUGAGUGCGGGAAAAGUUUUGCACAGAAGUCCAAUCUUAAGAAACAUCAGAAAACUCACCACAAACAGGAGGAUGAGGAGUACGGUCGACCUCGUCCUGUGGGGGAUGGUGCCGGAAUUCAGGGGGAGAAGACAUUUUCCUGUCCUGAGUGCGGGGAAAGUUUUCUUCAUGAAUCAGAGCUUGCCAUACAUUACAGAUCCCACAAUGAGGAGAAGCCAUUUGCUUGUCCCAAGUGCCAGAAAUUUUUUCCACGAAGAUCAGACCUUGUUAGACAUCGGAGAUCUCAUACAGGGCAGAAGCCCCAUUCCUGUGAUGAGUGUGGGAAAUGUUUUCCAAGAAAGUCAGACCUUGUUAUACAUCGAAGAUCUCACACAGGGGAGAAGCCGUAUUCCUGCCAAGAGUGUGGGAAAUGUUUUUCCCAGCUGGCCCAUCUGUGCAGUCAUCAGAGGAUUCACACAGGGGAGAAGCCGUAUAGCUGUUCUGAGUGUGGGAAAAGUUUUUCACAGAAGUCCAAUCUUAAAACACAUCAGAGAUCUCACACAGGUGAGGAGCUGCAUUCCUGUUCUGAGUGCGGGAAAAGCUUUCCUCAUAAAUCAGAACUCAUCAUACAUUUCAGAUCUCACACGGGGGAGAAGCCGUAUGCCUGUUCCAAGUGCCAGAAAUGUUUUCCACGAAAGUCAGACCUUGUUAGACAUCAAAGAGCACACACAGGGGAGAAGCCGUAUUCUUGCCAUGAGUGUGGGAAAUGUUUUACAUUGAAAUCAGAACUUAACAUACAUCAAAGAUCUCACACGGGGGAGAGGCCGUAUUCCUGCUCUGAGUGUGGGAAAUGUUAUACACGCAAAUCACAACUUGUUAUACAUCAGAGAUCUCACACUGGGGAGAAGCCGUAUUCCUGCCCUGAAUGCGGAAGAUGUUUUUCACAGCUGGGCUAUCUGUACACACAUAAGAGGACUCACAGGGGGGAGAAGCCAUAUUCUUGUCCUGAGUGUGGAAAAUGUUUUUCACGAAAGUCCACUCUUACUGUACAUCAGACAAUCCACACCCAUGAAAAGCUGUAUUCCUGCCCUGAGUGCGGGAUUUGUUUUCCACAGAGGACCGACCUCUACAGACAUCAGAAAUUGCACACAGAUGAAAAGCCUUAUGCUUGUUCCGAGUGCGAGCAAUGUUUUCCGUUAAAAACAGAACUUAAUAUACAUCAAAGAUCUCACAAAGGGAAGGAGCCGUUCUCCUGUCACGAGUGCGGGAAAUGUUUUGCACGGAACUCAGACCUUGUCGUACACCAAAGAUCUCACACAGGGGAGAAGCCGUAUGCUUGCCACGAGUGUGGGAAACAUUUUUCACAGCUGGGCCAUCUUUCCAGUCAUCAGAGGAUUCACACAGGCGAGAAGCCGUAUUCCUGUCCUGAGUGCGGGAAAAGUUUUUCAAAGAAGUCGAACCUGAAAACACAUCAGAAGUCCCACACAACGCCUGAGGUGUCCGGUGAGCAGGAAAUGUCUUCUAUAUGA